AUGCCAGACCGUCCCUCUCUCUCACUCGCACCCGUCUCCGCACCCUCGCGCCGCCCAAGCCUCCGCCGCUCCCUCUCCGGCGCCGCCUCUUCCGCCUCCGACCCGGCUCCCCGCUCUCCCCUCUCGCAGUGCACGCCCGUGACGCCCCAGAACGCGCACUUCUGGGACUCGUACUUCCCUCCUUCUCAGCAACAACAGGGGACAGUCGCGCUCCAGAGUCCGCCGAUUGGAGGACCGACGCAAGGAGGGUUCUUUGCGCCUGGAGGGGCGUCGUUUCCGGGACGACGGGCGCUGUUGAGGCGGAACUCGAGUCUUAGUAGUGUCGCGAGUUCGGUGCAGGAUGAGGAGGACGAGGACGAGCCCGAGUGGACGGCCGAGGAGGAGGAGAAGGUCCGAUUGGUCUACGAAGCCUGUCUCUCCAAGCACUUCACCACCGAAGCGCCCUUUCCCCUCACUGGCCCGCCCCCCUCAAAUUUCACCAACACCGUUGCGCGCGCAAUCCUCCGCACGUACGGUGACGAGCGACGAGCAGGCACGAGGCGGUCGAAGCGCCAGCAGGGGAUGUUCUUUGCUGGAGGAGGGGAGAGCGAAAGUGAGGGCGUGAGUGACGGGAACGGGGGGAGGAAGUGGCCCCAUGGGUUGAGGAGUACGAGGUUGAAGAUUCUUGCUCUCGCCAAGGAACGCCAGACGAAUACGCGGACGGAAGACACGCCCCGACAGGCUGGCGACCCCGACGCGACUCCCAAGCGUAGGAAGCCUCUCGCGAGGCAGGACAGCAUGGACUUCUUGCCCGACAUGACCAACAUGAGCAGCAUCGCUCGGUUGAGCAACAUGCUCCGCCCGUCCGGCGGCGACUCGAUUCCCGCUGCACCUCCGCAAGCGACGGCCUCGGCUCGCCUCCCUUCGACGGAGCAACUCGGCACCCUCGGCAUCCCCUUGACGCGCUCGCUCUCGUCCCGCCCAUCCUACCGCAUGCAGCGCACCAACUCUCUCCAGGCGAUCGCCGGCUCGCCCUCCCAGCCCGCUCGGAAGCGCCCGACUGCCUCCAUUCCCGAGCCCGCCAAACUCGCCCCAUCGUCAGCCGUACCGACGUACAAGCCCAACCCCGCCUCGUCCGCACGCAUGUCGCGUACUGGAUCCGAAUCGAGCGUCCUCCCUGCUCCGCCGCUCGCGCGUCACCUCUCUUUCUCUGGCUCGGCGUCGUCGAAGAAGGAGUCGUCGUUCUCGUUUUCGCCGACCAAGAAGGGCGCGUCGACGAUCAACCAGGGAGCAGGACUGCUCACUCCCCCGCCUUCGCUGUCGAAGAAACGCGGAGCAGGAUCAAUCGGCUUCUCGUCCUUCCUCUCGCCUACCCCGGCAGCGUCGGGCGAGAAGAACCCGCUCGGCUUGACGCUCGAUGCAGGGGCGGCCAAGCGUCCCGGCCUCGCCAGCGCGUUCAACUCGCCCUUCGUCGGUACCUACCCGAGCCCAUCGAGCGUGUCGCCCAGGAAGAAGAAGGCCAAGAUCGAGCAGAAGACGCCGGUCAAGGCGCCCAGCUUUGCGCCGGGUCUUGGACUCGGAUUGGGAAUAGGAGGGAUGGAUGGUGGACACGAGUCGGCUUUGACGGCUGACUCGGGGUCGAUGCGCGAUGAUGAGGACUCGCCUUUCUACGUCCGGCCGACGACGGAGCGCCCGACCGACUCGCUCCAGCAGGACGUCUUGUCGCCUCUCUCGACUCACCCGCCCAGCUUCACCCUCCUCGACCCGUCAAUCUCAGGCUCAAGCCUCGCAGGCCGCCGCAAUUCGCCACCCAAGCUCGUUCUGACGCCUUCGCUCUCUCCCUCUGCGUCGCCCACGUCUUCCACCUACUCUGCCUUCCCUUCGGCCUCGACUUCCGCGACGAGCCUGAUGACGCUCGGCAAGACUCCCUCGCCGCUCGACCCGACAUUCGACCUGAACGCACUCAAGCUCGAGUCGCUCAACCCUUCGCCGGUCAGCAGCGUCUGCGGGAUGGAGGAAGACGAGGACGAGGCGAUUGUGGACAGCGACGAGAGCGACUUUGGCUGCGACGGCGGGUCGAACACGAUUUUGGCGGCGGAGUAUGUCAAGGCCGGACAUGAGGCGCGGUUGUUGCGCAACAGGCUGGGCGAGUGGGCGUGGGAGCGGAAGUGA